AUUGAAAAUUGCUGGUAUAUUACAUGUACAAUACCGGGAUCUGCAGUGUUACAUUGUAUUAUACUAUAUCAAAAUGGCCACAGUCGUGCAAACCCCACUGAAAUCGCAAUCCAGUGGAACGGUGAUUAAAAACAGCCUGGGAGAGGAGUUUUACCGCGAGGCCAUCGAGCACUGCCGCAGCUACAAUGCCCGACUCUGUGCGGAGCGCUCUAUGAGACUGCCUUUCCUCGAUUCGCAGACCGGCGUCGCCCAGAGCAACUGCUACAUUUGGAUGGAGAAGACCCACCGGGGGCCAGGGCUGGCCCCCGGGCAAAUCUACACUUACCCGGCCCGCUGCUGGCGCAAGAAGAGGCGGCUGAACAUCCUGGAGGACCCGCGGCUCAGGCCCUGCGAGUUCAAGAUGGAUUGUGAGGCGUCUCUGAAAAAGGAAGGCGGAGUGCCGGAGGGCCCAGUCCUUGAAUCGCUGCUGAGCGCUGAGACUCUCGACAAGAAAGUAGAGACCAAGGAUGAGGAGACCAUGAGCGAGUGCCAGAAGCUGCUGGUGGGAGACUUUCCUCAUGAGCUGGAGGUGGAGGAGCUGGAGGACGAUGUGCCCAAACGCAAGAACCGCACCAAGGGCCGGGCCUAUGGAAUUGGAGGAAUGAGGAAAAGGCAAGAGCCUGCCUCACUGGAGGACAGGGACAAGCCCUACGUGUGUGACAUGUUCAGAGUUGCCCGAAAUUCUUUUCCAGCCAAGAAAGCCCCUGAUGGAUCAGUCAUUCCCAACGGCUAUUGUGAUUUCUGCUUGGGCGGCUCUAAGAAGACAGGCUGCCCGGAGGAUCUGAUUUCCUGUGCUGACUGUGGGCGAUCAGGUCACCCCUCCUGCCUGCAGUUCACAGUGAACAUGACUGCCGCUGUGCGGACCUACCGCUGGCAGUGCAUUGAGUGCAAGUCCUGCAGCCUGUGUGGAACCUCAGAGAACGACGAUCAGCUGCUGUUCUGCGAUGACUGUGACAGAGGAUACCACAUGUACUGUCUGAGCCCCCCCAUGGCAGAACCCCCAGAGGGGAGCUGGAGUUGCCACCUGUGUCUGAGACAACUGAAGGAGAAGGCAUCAGCUUACAUCACCCUCACCUAAGCCACGCCCUGUGCCCUGAAAUCUCCAGGCCACACCUACUCCGAAGCCCAAGCCCACACCCCCUUCUCUGUCUCUCAGCCAAUGAAGAAACUCCAAAUCUCCUGCAGGUUCUACACAUUCCAACAGAGCAAACAGACACACUAUCUUAAUUCAGCUUGUGCCCCAGUGUUAACAACCCACAACUAUGAAGUAUGACACACAGCGGCCAGGUGCUUUCAUAAUGUUCCUUAUCUGACCCACUUCCCUUGACAUCUUCUCUGCCCAAGGAAAAAAUCCGGAGCUUUUAGCUUUUUAGUGUUUUUGUUUUGAUCUAAACCAAGAUAUAGAUGAGCCUCUGGCAGGUUCUGUAGACUGAAACCAAAAUUCUGGGUUCUGAUCCACAACUGAAAUUGCACUGUGAUGGUUUUUCUAUUAGCGGGCACACAGGAAUAAGCGAGUCGGCCUAUGAACAGAACUUUUUGUUUUGCUUAAGAAAAAAGUCUUAAGAAAAGUCUUUUGUUGUGAGCUGUGGUUGCACAGGAAAGGUACAGCAAAACAAAAGAAGAACGCAUUAUCUUUCUAUCCAAAGAGCAUUUACAUCACAGGCUAUAGGUGUGCAUCUCUUCCUGCAGAGCAGGUACAGUGAAGAUAAAAUACUUGGAGUUCAGUAGUACAACUCCCAAAGUCAUUUGGACUUGGAAACACACUUGCAGCAAUGUCGCAAGUGGAAGAGAAAAUAUUUUCCUUCUAAAGGAAUGACAUAAAGUCACUCAGCUAGUUGAUUCGCCUAAACCAAAGUGUCCUCAAGUCCUGUGCUGAUGGCCAGACCUGCCACUGAGUAUGCUAUACGCUGAGCUUGGCUGUUUUUGUGUUGCACUAAUUUUAGCACUGGGGCAGAAGCUUUGUAGUUCUGUUGCGGGAUAAAAAAGGGCCCUAUUUGUAAAAGCAGAGGCUGACUGGUGACUGCAUGGUAUGGUUUCUGCAAAACACAGGACAGGAGCAACACGUAGAGCUUUCUACGAGGAGGAGUGACAUGGAAAGGCUCUCAACAUAAAGGGUGCGUCUUGUCUCCAGAAAGCACGAUAAUGUGAAAUGAACAAAGGUGACAUUCAGGAUGCCAGACUCCCCAGAGAGUCCCUCAUUCUUAUGUGCCUUUGUGGUGGCAGGCAUGCUGAUUAGUUGCCGUUAUCGGUGUCAAAAAUUCCAAUUAUUUUGUGUCCCAUAUAGAUGCUUCUCCUGUAAUCCAGAUCAGUAUAGCUGGUACCGAUUUGGCUUAAUUUCCCUUGCUUCCUCCUCAGACUGUGUCAUGAAAGACAGACAGGCGUCUUGUACACUAGCAACUUCGACAGAAUCAGCCUUAAUAAGAACAAGAUCGCAGCUGAGUAUUUUAUCAGAUUGUUGAAUGUUACUUAUGUUAUUUCUGAGAACUGACUGAGGUGCAUACUAGACUGCCCUGUGUUUUUUCUGAAUCCUACCUUUAAAAGACUUUGGAAUUGUGCAGUAUGUGUGCAAGAUUGUUUCACAAGUCUCCUUUCUGCAGUGUAUUCUGUUCAUUAACUGAACCUGAACGCUUCAAAAGGAGUAGUGAUUGAGACCUUAUAGGACCCAGAGUCGUGUGAAAACCGUCCUUAUUUCUAAGUUUUUGAUUAAUUCCUCUCAUGUUUAAGCAUCACCUUAAAAUUAUUUAACCACAUGGCCAUCUGGUACACAGUCCCAGCUUGAAGAAAAGCAUGAAAGGAGAAAUCAUUCCACAUUGAAGAGGAAAAGAAUUUAAAUGCUGGCAAACAUUCCUGUAACAAAAUGCUACAGUAUGUACAUAUGGUCAAUGUCGGCUAUUUUUCUCAGCAAAACUGGUCUGUGGCUUUUGCAGGGUUAUGGAAAUUAUGGGUUUUCCAAACGUUUCUUGUUUUUCUAAAUAGUGCUUCCUGUCUUCUCGAUAAUUGCAUCGUAUGUAUUGAGUCUUGCAGGAUAAAUUUGAAUUUUUAAUCGUUCCUGCAAGAUUCCAGAUGACCUACAUCAGAGUGUCUCUUGCAAUCUCGUUAUUAGCUCAAUGUUUUAUUUUUCCAUUUAAACACAAGUCUGAAUUGCCUUCCUGCCCCCGCUGGUAACACAGAACAAAUGAUUAAUCAAUAGGAGGGAUUUCUGCCUUUGUUUAUCAUUCAUUGCAAAUCCAUGACAUUUGCUCUGAGUUAUUCUCUGUUGUGAUUCCUGUUUAAAUUCCCAUCCAGGAAACCUGAAAUUAGUAUGGCUGCGGUAAGCACUUAUUCUGCUUAUUCUGGGUUGCAGUAUCAGUCGAUGUAUUUGUAGAUCAAGAUAGAACAGUGUGUAGCUCUCAUGUGAACAUUAUUGUGCGUCUCUACCCGCCUAUAAUAAUAUCAUUUGGAUUAUCUUUCAUAUUCUGCAAGUAAUUUAUUAAUUUUGUGCACCCCUCUAUUUUUUAAAAUUCUUUUUUAAUAAUGGCUAGUGUCAAUUUAUAUAAUUUUUUUUUACAGUCGCACUUUACUGAUUGGUUGCCUAUUCGUAAACUGUUAUCUUAGGUGGCUUAUAAGGGAGUAAUGGCAUUCAAAAUGUAUUGCAACCUAUCCAGUUUUAUCCUUUAAUAUUCCCUAAUCUUAAAAAAUUGAGCUGCAAAAGGUGGCACAGCAGACAACUGGUAUAAGAUUGCUAACAAGGAAAUACAGGAGUUAAUGUUACAGGAUAUAGUGCUCAGCAGUCAUCUGUGCAGCAGUGGUCUGGGUUUAGGACUUGUAACUGGCAGGUUGUGGGUCUGUAUCCCUGGUGAGACAGUGCUCUUAUACCAUUGAGCGAGAUGCUUCACCUGGCUUCUUUCAGCAAAAUACACAGCAAAGCUAUGGGUACAGAAUGUAAGUCACUUUGAAUAAAAACAUAAGCCAAAUAAAUGAGUAAUAGUUUGAAUGGAGUCACAGGAGAGCUUUCCUCUGUAGGAUAGGAGAAGAAGCCUGCUCGAUAUGACUGCCCACAAGGCCAUGCAUUUGCUGAGAAAAGUAGGGAAAGCGUUUCACAGUCACCAGGGCUGUGGGUGUCCCUCUGUUUGGUGAUGUUCCAGAGCGAUAGCUGACGCAGCACUGACUUUGUCAAAUCUGAUGGAAAUGCGUCAUCAGAUCUGGAGUUUGCGGCCGAUGAUAGUGGCAUUUGUCAUCAUCAUCCCUCUUCUUUGUAUCCCUCUUGUACGAGGGACUGAGGAUUUUAAUCGCAUAAAAUAGUCAUUUUUAAAAAUUGCUUCUUUGAAUGCUAAAAAUAUAUACAGUAUAUAUCGGAAUGUGUCAGAAACCCACAGAGUGCAGAAUUGUAUAGCUUCAUAGGCAAUCAGUAACAGCUUGAAGGGGAGAAGGGUUUUUGUAUUGCCAAGAGGGCCUUGUGCAGUAUCUCUGAGCAGUAUUACAGAACUCCAUGCUAGACAGUGUUCCAAGCCAGCUUGUUUAUAUAGCCAAUAUUGAAUUGCUGAGAAGUGGAUGGAAUUUGUUGUGCUGUUGAUGUGUGCGUGUAUGUGGGUAUACUCAGCUGCCAUUUUAAAAAUGGUGGCUGUACUUUUUAUCGUUUUUUGCAUGUCGUUAAUUUAAAAAACAUUUGGAAGAAAAGAACAGAAAAAGCACACUUAAUUCGCAAUAACUUGGUUGUAACACUCCCCCCUCCCAGAGGUUUAAAUAAUUUAUUUUUUCUGAUUGAAUUCGAUGCGUUAUCAUCAAAUCUGUGAGAAUUAUAUUGAAAUACAUUUUUUUAAAAGGCAAAAGACAAAUAUUUAUUUAUUAAUUUCUAAAAUCUUAUUUUUUAAAAUUCCCAGUGGUGUCGAAAUUUAAGCCAGCUUAUGCAUUUAACCUUGCAGGCCUGUGAACACAUUUUAAAUACUUAGAAUGGGCUCUUUACCGUAUGCUUGACUGCGCUUUGUGUGCUAGAAAAAUAAUAAUUUAGAACAAGUAUGGCUGUGUGUUUUGCAAGCUUGCGUUAAAACGCUCUCUGAAUCUGUUUUAUAAUCCAAAGCCAUUUAGAUAAGAGGUUUUUUAUGGCGUAUAUUUGAAAUCCUUGUUGCUAACCUGUGUUUCUCAGCCUCUGUCCUGAGUGCUCUCAGAUUCUGAAAGUCUCCUGAGCCACAUGGAAACUCAGAGUCACACCUCUCCCAUUUCGGGCACUCGCCAUUGGAUCCAGUGUUACACAGAUGUGCGGGUUUUCAGGUUUAUUUUUUAUUUCGGAUUGCUUUCUACCAUGCCAGGGGUGUGUUCUUUGGUUUCUGAAGUAUUAUUCUUCCCAAAAUGUGUAUAAGUGUACCUGUUGUUUGCGUUCUACGACUUGAUGAUCCCCCUACUGCUUCAUCGUCUUAUUAAGAGUUUCUUUGUACUUUGAAGGUUUUGCAGAGGAACUCCAUGGUACUAGAAACCUGGAAAAAACGGACUUUAAAAAGUGCAUUCCAGAAUUCCUAGGACAUUUUCUCUGGGUUCACUGUGGAUGACAGUUCAGAGUUUACCACAUGGAAACUGAAUGGACGUCACUGCUGCUGAUAAGCGUAUCAAUUAUUAGAGCUCCUUGUUGAAAAGAUGCUCCAGGGGGAUGUCCCCUGCUGAAACGGCUUCUUCCUGCUGAGGUCUGCCGAUUCCCGAGUGAGCUGAGCCACUGACGUGGCUAAAUGGGGGGUCAACACCCCUGCAUUACAGCCUCAUAGUCCUGAGUUCACUCCCAGCUUGACCAGCAGGUCUGUGUGGCCUUUUCUCGGGGUACUCUGGUUUCCUCCCAACCCCCCAGCAGGUUAAGCUCCCUAGGCUACUCUGAGUAUUUCUGUGGGGUUUAAAGUGCUGUAUUUUUCUAGUACAACCAUUACGUCUCAACAGAGAAACGGAACAAAAUGAGCUUGAUGGGGUGAAUGACCUCCUCUUGUUUGCAGCCUAGCAGAUGUUGGCUGUUUGACACGACUGUCUAAAACAAAAUACAAGACCUGGGAAACAAAACGCACCUGCAGCACAGCCUGAGCACUGGUGCUGGACAGUCAGAGCAGAUCAAACCAGAAACUUCAAGACUGGGGACAGAAGAAGGGUUAAAACCGAGGGGAGGCCAUCCCCCCACCUCGCUCCUGUAGGUAAGCAGUUGCUCAUGUGCAUCUAAUCGAUCCAGCUGUCCUGCCCAGACUUUUCUUAAAGGACCACAGGGGCCAGAUAUCAGCUUCUAUCGGCUGUGAAGGCUGAGGUUAGCUACGACACCUCACUGUUGUGCCAUAAAGCUUUCAGUGUCCACAAUAUCAGAUGUUAAUCUAGGACCUUUUCAGCGUACAUUGUAAAAAAUGUAAAUGGAGAGCACUUGGGGGGAAAAAAAAUGUUGUGCUUUGCAUUGCCAGAUGAAUCUCCUCUAUGAACUUGUUGCUAGGUUCUUUGUGCUUGUUGCAUAUAUGCUUUGUUUCCAUUGCUUGUGCCAUACAACUGUAGAAUCCCUGAUAAAGACAGAAUGUAUACAGUAUGCAUGCAUGUGUGUGUAUGUGGGGCAGGGUGAGAACUUUUGCCUGGAGGUCAUGGAGAUGCUACAGCACUUCCAGAUGCGACAGAACUAGCAGGAUGAUCCCCAGUGUGAUGAGCCUCUAGCCUGGACUUUACUUUAUUACCCCCACCACCAGAACAGUAUAAGCAGCUCCUCUACCCCUUUGCCUUUCACCCUGGUCCAGCCAUAGAGCUGUGAAUCACACGCUGUGGAGCAGUACAGUGCCAAAGGGGGCAGCCUGCUUCUGCCCGGGGCUUGUGAACAGAGCCCUUGCCCGAUCACUCAGCAGUGCCUCCCUGUGUCUGGCCAGACACCCGCAGGGCCUAAACUGGGUUGUCCUUUCCUGCACGAAAGUAGGUGAAGCAGCGUUUGAAUGUUUAGUUUACCCCACGGAGGUGGAGAGACAGUUUCAGUCAUACUGGCACCUUAAACCUGCAAGGGAAUUGUUAGUGUUUUGAUGUAUGCGGUGUGUCUACUCUAAGGAUGCCUCACUGCACAACCCUCCCAGUUUUUCAUGGCCGUACCUUCCUGUAUAAAUUGUGUUUUACAGCAGCUUUGACUUUCUUCUUUGCCUCUUUGUUCCUUCUCUACACAGAGAUGUCCUAGUAUUUCUGGAGUGCACUGCAGUCGCUAUGUGUGUGUAUGUGCACGUGAGGCUAUCUGCUGGUUUCAAAGGGGUCACCACAAAACCAGUCCGCUGGUAGAGAUAAGGUCUCCAGCCUUUGCUCGAUUCACUUCAACAAACUUCGAAACUUAAGUAUUUGAUAUCCGUAUCCCAGUCAUCUAGUCAUCUUCCGUCUGUAGAAAGAAACGAUUAAAAUCCAAAUUUGACUUCUUGGUUUAAAAAAAAAGGCUUCCUUAAAAUGGCUUCUGAAAUGACCUCUGGAAUGCAAUGGCUGGAAAUUGUACUGAUCAGAAGCAAGAAGGCAGUGUGGCUGUGCUCUGCACUCUGGCCUGUGCAUCACUGACAGAUGUCAUAUGUCCCCUUUUCAUUUCUUUCCAUGCAGCUCCCAGAAUCUUGAUUUCAGAAGCUGUGGUAUGUUGCCUGGGCUCAGCGAGAGCCGCUGUUAAGGCAGAAGUGGCAGCAGAGAAUACUGCUCAAACACAUAGUAGGGGAGAGGCAACAGCAAUGAAAGACGAUUGGGUGGAAAAUACAUGCGACGUAUCUGUUCCUUUAAAAUCGAUCUGCCACCGUUGAUCUGUCGCAAAUAGCCCG